AUGGCAAGGGAGUAUAAAAUAUCAAAACAGGCAGUCUCAGAUAUUUUGAGACAAGAAAAAAUAUGGUCAACAAUAGAAACAGGAACUGUGGAGCAUGUAUUAAUUCGCAGUGACAUUAACCUGAAUGACAGUAUUUUAAUGGAACAUGCCUUGGCAUUCACAAAAGAAUUUGGAUAUGACAACAAAUUUCUUGCUUCAUCUGGAUGGUUAAAGAAUUUCAAAAAGAGAAAUAACUUACGAUUAUAUAAAAAGCAUGGUGAAAUUGGAAGCGUUAACAUGGAAGAUAUUCCACAAUUCCGAGCUGACUUGCAGAAUAUUCUUAAAGAAUAUAAUCGCAAAAAAAAAUCAAAAGAACAUAUUACACUAUUAUUAACUUGUAAUGUCUCUGGUGAUGAAAAAUUGCCAAUACUUCUUAUACACAAGUAUGAGUCACCACGUGCAUUGAAAGGUAUAAGCAAAUCUACAUUACCAGUUUGGUAUUACUGGAACGCUAAAGCAUGGAUACAAAGAAGCAUCUUUUAUUCUUAUCUA